AUGUGCAGAGCUGUGGGCAGAAACAUUUCUAGUGGAGGAAACGGCAAGUGUAAGACUCUGAGACAAGCUGUUUAUCCCCUAAACCCACAUCCUUGCCCUGGAGACCAGCAGAUCCAAGAGCCUCUCACCCCUCUCUCCACUUGGCUGCGCUGCCACAACGACCUGCCCCUGAUCCUGAGGAAAUUUUACCAGAACAGGCUACAGGAUGUUAACCUGCGCAGUUUCAGCGGCGGCCAGACCAGUCUGGACAGGCUUAGAGAUGGCCUUGUGGGCGCCCAGACCCAAGGACGGGAUGCUGUGCGCCUCACCCUGGAGCAGAUUGACCUCAUCCACCGCAUAUGUGCCUCCUAUUCUGAGCUGGAGCUUGUGACCUCUGCUAAAGCUCUGAACAACACCCACAAGUUGGCCUGCCUCAUUGGUGUGGAGGGUGGCCAUUCACUGGACAGUAGCCUCUCCGUCUUGCGUACCUUCUAUGUGCUGGGAGUACGCUACCUGACGCUCACCCACACUUGCAACACGCCCUGGGCUGAGAGCUCGACUAAGGGCAUCCACCCCUUCUACAACAAUGUCAGUGGACUGACCAGCUUUGGUGAGAAGGUGGUGGCAGAAAUGAACCGCCUGGGCAUGAUGGUAGACUUGUCCCACGUCUCGGACGCUGUGGCGCAGCGGGCCCUGGAAGUGUCACAGGCUCCUGUGAUCUUCUCCCACUCAGGUGCCCGGGGUGUGUGCAAGAACACCCGGAACGUUCCUGAUAACAUCCUGCAGCUUCUGAAGAAGAAUGGUGGCAUCGUGAUGGUGUCCUUGUCCGUGGGGGUGCUGCAGUGCAACCUGUUAGCCAACGUGUCCACUGUGGCAGACCACUUCGACCACAUCAGGACAGUCAUUGGAUCCAAGUUCAUCGGGAUUGGUAGUGAUUACGACGGGGCCGGCCAGUUCCCUCAGGGGCUGGAGGAUGUGUCCACAUACCCGGUGCUGAUAGAGGAGCUUCUGAGACGUGGCUGGAGUGAGGGGGAACUUCAGAGUGUCCUUCGUGAAAAUCUGCUGCGGGUCUUCAGACAGGUGGAACAGGUACGGGAGGAAAACAAGUGGCAAAGUCCCUUGGAGGAUGAGUUCCCGGAUGAGCAGCUGGGCAGCUCUUGCCGUUCUGUCCUCCCGCGUCUGCACCAGAGACAAGAUCUUGUUCCAGACCAGAAACCAAUUGUGACUCCAACACAUUGAACACUCAAGUUAUCAUCUAAGUGGUCACUCUCAAAAUCCUCCCUCCACAUGGCCCCAGGGCUCACAGUGGUUGCCACCUUCCCAGUCCUCAUCCUGUGGUUCUGGUGACCAGUCAGUCCUGCCAGAUGUCACUAUGGCAGCCGUAGACACCCCACGAAAUUCUGCCCCAGUUGUGCAGGCACAACUAUUUCCAGCAAAUAAACAUUUUAGACAUGGAAGCAGGCAUGAGAGUACUUCUCUGCAGUGGAAGUGGGUUCAGUGGCACAGGUGCCCAGUGCUGGUGGUUGGUAGAAGAACUUGCAGCCUCACUAACACAAUCCUGACUGAAAGAAGUCAGACACAAAAGCUGGACACUGGAGCCAACUGCCACAGCUGAAGAAGCAAGGACCGGAACAGAAAACAGAAAAGACAUCUUUUUCUAUUUCCCUCUGGCAACUCCUAUUGGCAGAACAUAACUGGAAGCCAGGUAGCAAAGGGAUCUAGAAAUGUGGUUUCAAGAGUUCAAGCCCCAGCAUCACAGAGCAGAGUGCAGAAGGGUGGAUCUGGACUUGAGAGACAAUUGCUUCAUAACCAGCCCAGCUGCAGGCCUGCGGGGUACUAAUUCUGAUUCACUGUUUCUCCGAAGGUGUAUUCCUUUGUGUUCCAACUCAAAGCUAGGCUAGUUCACCAGGUCCUUUCUUACCCUGGUGGUCCCUGGGCACUAAUCUCAGUUUCCUUAGCCGCAUAACACUCCUAAGGGAAAAAACAGCCCCAAAGGCCAGGCUUAUCUCUUUGGGCUUGCAACCCCCCCUGGAUCAUCUCCAAGUAAUUCUUCAAUAUCUUGCUAACUCUAUGGCACCUUCAAGAAGAUGCUUUAUAUAUAUAUAUUUUUACAACAUACAAAAAGAUGCUUUUUAUAUUUUGCCCAAUUUUCCUAGCUGUUGUCAGGAGUGGAACUUUGAUUUACCUACUCAACUCUAACUAGACAUUUUAAACUGUAUUUAUGUAUUACUUUGAUAAUAUUUUUAAAAUUAAUUUUAAGCAUUAUGCCCUCUCCUUUCACCUGAGAUGAAUAUAGGAAACAGCUGUAAGUGCAAUGCUUCUGUACUUUUGAUAAACUAUUAGCAAAGUCAUCAUUCACUAUUUUGUUCAAUGUCACUUAAAUAAAGGAUCCACUCAAGUUUCUGAGA